AUGCUUUCUCGAGCUUCUCGCAACCCUGACGGCUUGGUCAACCACAUUGCAACUGAAGACAGUCGUACUCAGCAAUAUCAAUAUCCGCAACACCCUUCCCUACCUCUCUCACUCUUUAUGAACACCACGUUCGGUCAACACACGAAAGUUGGCCUGCAGCAGAUCCACAAACGAGUGUACAAAUCCAUUGCAUUCUUCCUCCUGCGAAGGAUCGAGGAGUUUGGGUGUCAAGACCGCUGCUCCAGCGCCAGCACCGGCACCGCCAGCACCAACGCCAGCAUCAGCACCCGAUCACCGCCCCUCUACUACGGCGCGGCGCCCCUCGCCGUCGGAGACGACCGUCUCGCAAAUCACAAUCGCGACGCUGUGCCGCACCAAAAAGACGACGACGACAACAACAACAACAACAAACUGCGGCCGCUGUUGUCGCUGAAACUGGAGUCUGAGCUGCAACACGACGUCAACAACGGGCCGGCAUACCAUUCAAUUCGACUGACGCCCUUGAUUGAAACACCGCCUUCGUCAGUCGGCUACCUUAGUCUGGAACCUAUACAGUUCAUCGCCAUUAUCACCUUCACCACCCCUGGCGACGGCACAAUCCAGCACAAGACAGCCAUAACUCGGAAGAGACACCGAGCCCCGAGCCUCGAGUCCGUCGCCUAA